ACCGGAUAUUUGGCUGUCUCGUCCAUUUACAGCAGAAUACUGGUAGCACCGCAUUACUGGAGGGAUUUUGCAUCCUGUUUGAUUCCACAAAGAGGUUGACGAUAGUACAAGGUGGUCAAUCUUUGCCGUCAGCUCCCGCCUCCUUCGUAUCCCCUUCUUUGGCCUGUGCAAACCGGAGUCGUACUAAGCAGAGCCGAACUUGGUGUUGAAUCGCGCUGAUCUUUUGGGAGCCUUUAUUGUUCAACUACAUCUUUUGCCAGCUUACGCUUUCUUCAUACCUGCUACCACCUAGACAGAACUCUAUUACGACCUAUCACUACCAACCAUGGUUCAGGACUGGACGCGGGAUUCACUUCCCCGUCACCAGACGUUUCAACCUCAGUAUUAUUCUACUGAUACGGCUACGCGGCAUCAAUCUUUCUCGUCAGAGAGAUAUUCCUCUGAUGUCGUUCAGCGACACCACCCCUUUCCACAGGAGCGCGUUGGCGUAGAAACUGAUAAUGCUCGUUUCCAAGAUGGCAAUGACUCGCGCCGCCAUUUGAUGUCAAUCGACGAUGCUCUUCGAACGCAUUGCGGUAUUGUUGCUAAGCAUUAUUUUGUCACUGCUAUUACCGACGAUGGCGCCACUAUGACCUUUUUCAACCCUACCACUGGGCGUGGGAUGAGCGACAACACGAUUCGCCAAUUUUUUGAUGUUACUAAAUAUCGCCAGGUUAUGGCCCGUAUUGAUUCAGGUGCUGAUCCUAUGUUGGACGAUUACACUCUCGAGGACGGCUUUUACGGUCGUUCCGCUGGGCUCAAUCGCAGUCGAAUGGACCGUCGCCGCAACUCUGCAUUCGGAGAUUGGAGUGGCAGUCCUGUUCGUCAAGGCCGCAAGCGCCCCAGAGGAACGCGGGCUAUAAAUGAUGAAGACGAUCUUCCCAUGACCGUUUCAUCUCGCAGGUGCAUCAAGAUUGGCGACUCGGCUGCUGUUUGGGGCUUUUACGAACAGCGGUUCAAGAACUGCCAGCAGACGGCCUGCAAACUCAUUGCCAAGGCUUGGGUCAAGGCAGUGGAGCCCAAGAAGCAAUCAACGCAUCCUUACACUGGUAGCGAUGAAAAGGCACCAGGAUGGUGGCCGAAAGCGUGGGGUCCCACAAAGGACGACAAGGUCCGGCAUAAAGAGCCCGAUCAUUUAUACAAGCGAGAGCGUGUCCACCUUCUCGCCCACAUCCUCAGGCUGGUCGUGGAACCUAACCACAAGCAGCAUACUGAAAUCCAGAAGCUUGGCCUGAAUGUGAAGAAGCUUGAUGAGACCACGAAUGAAGCGCUGUCAUCCUUCUUCAUGGAUAACGAGGCAAAUGCCAAGAAGAAGCCGUUUCUUACUGAAAUCUUCAAGGUAGCUCGCCUGGAGGAGCGGUACAAGAAUGGCGAAAUCGAUGGCACAACUGAAGUCUACGUCAUGGCAGAAGAUAAAAUGCCAGAGAGCUACGCUUCAGACCCUGAGGAUGUUGGCUUUAUCAAGGACGAAGAGGAUCAUGAUGUAUCCAGGUCCAAACCUCCAGUUUCUCAGGGCUUGCCGCACCCAGUAUCGGAGCCCAGCUCUGCCACGAGCAUUCGUGGAUCAGCCUUCAUUAAUGAUUUAACAGCGCGGGCCAAUACAUUCCCUCAGUCAAUGAUUUCGGACAUUCCCCCUCAGCAGCAUACAUUCGUCGAGGGUAGCGCACUCUCCGUCCACAAUGGUCAAGCAGUAACCACUGCUACCACUGCAGCCGCAGCUGCUACUGGUAACCUUACUCUGGAUCUGGUUGCCACCUCUCACGAUGCCAGCCGACGACCAUCGGUGUUCAGCGACUACGCUAGCCCAGGAGGGAACUUGUACCCCCAACAGUGGCCACAGGCCUCGGCGACCACCAGUGGAUCCUCCAUGUACCAGUAUAGUCAGCAGCAAACGGCUGCACAGCCAGCAACAUUUGUGAGUUCCGGGGUGUCCAUCACACCUGGCCAGCCCUUCAUGCCGAACUCUUUUGAUGCACCACAUCGCAAUGAAUACGACCCAAACGGAAACGCGAUAUUCCGAUCGGGUGACCUGUCACAAACGCCUCCCGUUAAUCAGCAGCAAGGCUACAAUUAUGCAAUGUCCAAUGAUGCGCGUGGAAUGAGGGUCAUGGCCCAAGUUGUGGAUAGCGCUGGACAUCGCCAUUCCCUCCAAUAGAGAAAGAGAGAGAAAGAGAGAGAAAGAGAGCGAAAUGGGCUAGCAGUAUCAGCAGGCUGCAGGAAGCGAACUUGUAAAGCCUGGCUUUAUGCGUAUUAUACUACGUACAGGGGUCUGGUCUCGGCAAAACAGAGCGCGGUACGCACUGGAACGCAUAUUGACCAAUAAUUGUGAUUGGAUCUUUCUUUUCUUUUUUCUUUUCUUUUCUUUUCUUUUCUUUUCUUUUCUUUCUUUCUUUUUUUUUUUUCAUUUUGUUUGGUUGUUAUCAAGUCGGUCUAUCCUUGGCGUUUAGUGGACCUCUCAGCUCUCUGUAUGGGAGCGUUCCUCUUUGACGAUUCAUGUCACGGGCGAUACAGGCGGUCUUUGCUUAUGCUUUAUCCCUGGAGGUUUCUUUUCCUUUUCUCGUUGAUGCCC